UUCGGCAUUUCAGAGGCAUCCAGUUUCCAUUGCCCGCUCUCUCGUUCCAGCCAAAGCCCCCGUCGAUCUCAAGGACUAGGGUUUCCGAGGCUUCCAGUUUCUCAGCAGUGAAAGCGUCUCAAGUGUUUGCAGAGAUCACAGUGUUAUGAUGGAGAACAUGCAGUAUGCUGAAGAACUUCUGAGGGAGUUUCUUAUCUUCAGAGGUUUUACAAAUACGCUACAAACUUUUGAAACAGAGCUGUCUACUGAUAUUGGUAGAAGCUUUCAAGUUGAUAAAAUCUUGGAUUUAAUCUUCUCAGUGUAUAUACCGAAAUAUCAAGCGGACAAAUUAAUUAGUCUUCUGAAUUUCUUUAAGCAAUGUUUCUCUUCAUCUUCGGAGGUGCUACUUAUUUCUACAUUGUCAAAACUGGAAGUGUCAAUUUUACGAUACUAUAUUGUUCAUGCUUUACAAUCUGGAAGACAAGACAAAGUAGUCGAAUUCUUGGGGGCAAAUGGCAAUUAUUUGCUGCAAAAGCGUGAAGAUUGGAUGCCAUGGUUUGGUGGGUCACAGUAUUCCUUUUCUUUUUCCCCCAUCUGUUUAUCAAGCUCUCUAUUAUUAUCCUUAAGAUCAUGCCUUGCAGCUAUUCCGUAUAUUAAGAACCCAAACCUGGAUCCUCAGUUCUAUGUAUACUUUUCAAAGGAAUGGUUUGAUGCCUUGCUUCUCUCCUUCCGGAACUUUUUAAGCGAGAUCUUCAAUGGUACUCGCAUCCCUGCUUUGUUAAAGAUCAGCACAGAGAAGAAUGCCGUCAAGCACCUUAAAAAUGACAUAAAGCAACUUAAUCAUAAGCUGUCACAACUCCAGGCACUGUUAGAGACCAAAGAGGCCGAGAUAUUCCGCUUGAGAAACAUGUCACCAGCAGCACAGGAUUCUUCCAUGCUUCAAGAUACCAGCUCAAUAAGCGAUCUGUCUAGCGAGAAUUCAUCAAAGGAUAAUGGUGGAAAUCCUCGAAUAAAGGAUUUCAGUGAGGCCAAUGCCACUGUUCCUUCUCAUCUAGGAGAAAGGAUAUUAGGACCAAAUAAUGUGGAUUCUUCAGGUUCCUCCAGUGUUCCGCAGGAAUCCAAGUGUGAACUUGGUUCAUGUUCCCUAAGUCAACCUCCUUUUGGAAAUGAUGAAGCUAGGGAUGAUCUUCAGAUAUCACAGGCAGCAAGCAGACGAGACAUGCUGAGAGAAGAAGAGUUCCCUGAAAUUAAAGUGGAUUUUCAGGAAACAUUCUUAGGGCACACUAGUCCAAUUUCCAGGUGUAGAUUUUCUGCUUCUGGAAUCAAUGUUGCAAGUGCUUCUAUGGAUGGGACUGUCAGGAUCUGGACAUAUGACUCAUCAACCCCAACAUCCAGAAAUGCUACUAUAUAUUGUGGGGCCGAAAUUAUGUCACUUGAUUGGGAAUGCAGAUCUGACCGUUUGCUGCUCAUAGGCACAGCUGAUGGUGGCAUCAAAGCUUGGAAUGUUGAUGCAAAAAGAGUUGUCUGUGAUCUCAGCACUACAACAGAGUUUCCAAGUGUCUUGGAUUUAAAGUGCAGUCCUGUGGAGCCAAUUUUUGUUUCUGCAGCUGCAUCAAGACGGCAUGGCUCUAAUAAACUUGACAAAGUGGGAUUCGCUUCUUUGACUGUAUGGAAUAUGAAAACAUGGAAGGCCAUGACAGUCCUUCCUCUUGGUGAAGAUCCACCAGCAAUCACUUCACUCUGCUUCAAUCAUAAUGGAAAAAUUUUAGCAGCCUCUGCAAUUGAUGGAAUGAUUCACAUGUUCGACAUGUCUGCUGGCCUACAAAUCACAGGAUGGCCUGCCCAUGAUUCAGCUGUGAGCUCAGUGCUAUUUGGACCUGAUGAGACGAGCAUCUUCAGUUUAGGCUGUGAUGGAAAGAUAUUUGAAUGGAGCUUGCAGAAUCAAGGUCAGGUUCUUUGGUCGAGAGACUGCAGUAGGUUUUGCUAUCCAGAGAGCUUGAAAAUAUGUAGGCAUGAGAUAGCUCUGGAUGCUAAUGGCAGGAGGUUGUUGGUGACAUCUGGUUCAGUUAGAUCCCCCAUAUACCAGGUGCAAGGCCAUAUGAGUGGGCUACGGACACUUCCCCAUACUGCUGCUAUAACAAGUGUGGAUUGGCACCCAACACUUCCCAUCUUUAUCACUGGGUCUGCUGACCACUCGGUUCGAGUCACAUCCAUUCUUUGAUGGCCUUUUAGCCCUCAGACUGCCUCUGGAUAUGGAGUGGGCUUAAGAUACAUAGGAAUGUCAAUUUUCUCAUGAAAUAGAAGAAGGCUUCCUGGUUAGGAUGGUAUUUGACCGUCACCAUCUUGUUUAUACUACUGGUUAGGAGUGGCACUCAUCUUGUCAUGGCUCAUAACAUCCAAUUCAACUGUGCUACAAAAUGUCGGCGAUAAAAGAUUGGCCAUCGAAAUCAUGUUGCUGCAUCGCUAGCUCCAUUGCUUAUUCGUUCGCAUUUGUGUUUCUUGUAUGUUAAUAGUUUUCUAGGGGAAGAAUUAGUUAUAUUGUUGUCAGCAUCCAUGGAUUGGUGUGUAUCCAUGGAAUACUCUUGCAAGUGGUAGAUGCUCUGCUAAAUUUCUCUUAAUUUUUCUGAUUUUACAUUCGUGGUUGUUGUGCAUGGUUGGAUAGAAAUCAGUAAUUUGUAACUGAUUUGUUGAAUCACAGGUUGGAUGAGUGUAA